GACAUCCAAGUCUUCCACCAGAUAAACCCCAGAUUGAUUUGUUACAAUGUCAUUGUUAAAGAGUGCCCAGGCCUUGAAGCCAUUAUUCGACAGAGUGUUGAUCCAGAGAUUGAAACCCCAAACUCAAACUGCCUCCGGUAUUUUCAUUCCUGAAAAGAACCAGGAAAAGUUGAACCAGGGAACCGUGGUAGCCGCGGGUCCCGGUGUAGUUAACCCUCAAACUGGUGAAACGGUUCCGGUGGUGUUAAAGGCUGGUGACAGAGUGUUGUUACCAGCUUUUGGUGGAAGCCCUGUCAAGGUCGGUGAAGAAGAGUACUUGUUGUACUCGGACAAGGAGAUUUUGGCCAAGAUCGACCAGUAAGUACCUGUAAAUAAAUAUAUAUACAUAUCUGUGUUUUAGUCAGCUACACGUGACCACCAA